AGAGCAGAGAACACGCAAGGAACUUGGAAUGCAUGUGUUCAUUGCAUGGCUGAAAAAAUCAAUAGAAUGGAAAGGGAACAACUGGUUUUCGCACUUUAUGUGAACAUUAUUGUUAUAUUUGUGGUUUUAUACCAUAUCACAAGUCAGAUUCUAUAAUCAGAUCAUCCUUACCUGUUCCCAUUUGAACAAUUUAUUCAUUUUUUAAUUAGCAUGAAAAGUCGAACUUUGCAGAUGCAGAACCCAUUCCAAUAAAGCAGGUUUGUCCCAGUGGUAGACACAACAUAUCAUAAUAGGUGUCCAUUAUUUAUUGGAUUUUCAAAGUUUGAAUCCUUCUUGGGGUCUACCCAUGAGUUUUAGAUUCUAGCAUUAAAAAAAAACCCAUCUCUUCUACAGCUUCUUUUGACAAACUUGCUGCUGAAGUUUCAACCUUGCAGAGAUCAAUCUGGCUUGAGCCUCCUUUUGUGUGCGACUCCUCAAGUUUUCUCGUCUAUAGUUGCCAUAAAUUUUCUAUCGCAGAUCAUCGCUUUUAUUCAACAAAUAUGUUGUGUACUAGAGCUCAUGUUUCAGAUUUCUUCGUCUACCAACCUUUCUGGAUAUAGGAGAAAGAAAAACUUUUAAAAGAGAACUUUCCACAAAAUCAGGCUGUCUGCCUUUGUCCUCCGCAACAAAAAAGAACAGAAAAGAAACCACCACCCUCUCCUCUUUUGGUGUGUGCUUGUUCCCUAUACAAAACCAAUUCUAACCACUGAAAAGUUUGGCUCCUGCUCUGCGUGUCUCACCUUAAAUUCAUAUUCGAAACUUGGAAGUAGAGGGAGGGAGCAACUUCGAUUGUAAUCUUUCGCAAUACAGGCCUACAAGUUUUACUGGUUGGCUUUCUAUUUGAUUUGAGACUCAACAACGAGUUUUGCUACGAACGUGAUUGGCGAUCGCUCAGGUAAAGAGUCCAACAACAUGGGAUGCAUUUCUUCAAAACUUGUGUCUAGAUCUUUGAGUUUUCAGGAAGAGCUGACCAAGAACAUGCAGAGGUCGGCCAAUGAUAUUCCUGCACUCGAAGAACUAGCCAUCUCUGGUAACAUCAACGACCAGUUUUUUGCUCUUGUUUGCACUGCCAACACGGUAGCCUGCACAUACAAGUCCGGGAGUUUUUCAGGCAAAUCCAACAAUCCAGUUGUUGAAUCUGAUAUCAGUCUAACAAAAACCAAAUCGGAAUUUAACUCGAGUCUGGAACAAGAAGGAGAGGAAAAACACACGGGACUAGAAGCUAAAUUGGUGCUCCCACAAGUACCAAGCAUUGAUCCAACGAAAAGAUCCAAAAGCUGUCAUUUUUUUCCAACAAAUGAAGCCUCCUAUCCUUCUGUAGAGAUUUUCCAUGGGGUUGAAGAAAAGAGUAGGAACCACGAGGGAAUGGAGCGUGCGACGAGUUUCCAUACCAUAGAGGAAUUCGAUGCCCUGAUCGAAAAGUUGAAGUUGUCUAAGGAGCAGAAAAUAGGGUAUGAUGGAGAGGAUGAUGGUUCAGUAACAGGGGUGAAGCUUAACCAAUGCCGAUCUUCAACACAUGCAUCUGAACAUUCUGCGGAUAGUAACAAUAUCCAAGAAACACAUUCACACAUAAAUGAUAGCACUCCUCCAGAAGCAAACUCCACCAUUGAAGAGAAUCCCACCUUAUCAAAUUCGGAGCUAGCAAGUGAAAAGCUAAUUGCAAUUCCAAGUAGAUCCAAUACCGCAAAUGAAUCAGAAGUUGUAGAGAACUCUUCACAAGGACACAUCUUAAAGAAAGGUUUUAAAAGGAAGUCCAUUGCAAAGGGGUUAGAAUCAAUUGAAAUUCCAAAUACCAUUGAAUUUCCAGCCGUUACAGGCCUCAAGGAAUGGCUCCGUGUUGGCGGACGAGUAUACUCUCCUGGUGCUUAUGUCACUCCAAAGUUUGGCAGCUAUUCCUUUCCGAUUAGUGGGACUUCACAUGAAUGCAAUGAGGAGGACAUCUUCAAUCCAGAAUUAGUGGCUGCUUGUGAGGAGAGCAUGGAACAACUUGAAGCAGAAGCCGAAAGUAUUCUCCAACAGAUUGUUGAGAAAUCGGAGAAAGAAAGUGGCUUGGAGAAGCAAGCCAAAGAUGAUUUUCUAUCACACAACUAAUAGACUAAGAUGCAUGCGUCUAAACUCUCAAGCAUAAUGAGAUAUCUAACUUAAAAUGUUCCAGCCUGAGCUUUGCUAUUGAAAUAGAACUUCCACCGAGUUUGGAAACUUGCAUUUA